AACAACACAACAUGGUGGAUCCAAACUCCAACCAAGAAAAGUUUUACUAUGUUUACAGUUGUGACCUGGACACAAAUCUUGAGCUUAAAGUAUGUACAUUAGAAGGAAAAAGAGAGCGUAAAGGGUACAAGGAGCUGUUAGAUGAUCCGCAACUGAGAUACUCGGGAGCUUAUGAGAGUGAAUGUUCAGACUUGUAUGUAACUUGCCAAGUGUUUGCCGAUGGUCAACCACUGUGCCUACCUACAAGAACAUCAUAUAAACCCUUCAGUACAAGAUGGAAUUGGAAUGAAUGGCUUAAGUUACCUAUAAAGUAUCCUGAUUUACCGCGCCAUGCUCAGGUGUGUUUUACCAUCUGGGAUGUGUAUGGACCAAGAAAAGCCAUCCCAGUUGGCGGAACUACUGUGUCCCUCUUUGGAAAACAUGGGACUCAGCGUCGAGGUAUGCAUGAUCUUAAAGUGUGGCCAGGUGUGGAAGCUGAUGGAGGAAAACCAACGUCUACUCCUGGAAAAUCCACAACUGGUGAAGACCAGAUGAGCAGAUUAGCUAAGCUAAGCAAGAAACAUCAUAAGGGACGAAUGUUAAAGGUUGACUGGUUGGACAGACUGACAUUCAGAGAAAUCGAAAUGGUGAAUGAGAGGGAAAAGCGGAACUCCAAUUUCAUGUUUUUGAUGAUCAAGUUUCCCAGAGUCCAUUGUGAUGGUUUGGAGUAUGCUGUGGUGCAUUUUGAGAAGGAUGCCGAUGAUAUUGACUAUAUCUGCACUCAUCCAGAGAUUGUGAGGGUUCCAGAUCCAGAAAUUCUACUGGAAAACCUGGUUGAGUUAAAGCAUCACAAGCUUGUAAGAAGUAUUAGAAGUGGAACAGUUUCAAGGGAGCUGAAACCAAAUGCAAAAACCAGGGAUCAGCUAAAUCAAAUUGUUGGUUACCCAUCAACCAAAGUACUGACAUCAGAGGAAAAAGACUUGGUGUGGCAGUUCAGAUUUUAUCUCACCAAUCAGAAAAAGGCACUGACUAAGUUUCUCAAGUGUGUUGAUUGGAGUCAGCCACAGGAGGCUAGACAGGCUCUAGAACUUUUGGGAAAAUGGAACCCAAUGGAUGUUGAAGAUGCCUUGGAGUUGUUAUCAUCUCAGUUUACCAACAGAGCAGUCAGACAGUAUGCUGUGUCAAGACUUAAGGAGGCUAAUGAUGAUGAUUUGCUGCUCUACCUUCUUCAACUUGUCCAAGCAUUGCGUUAUGAAGCAUUAUCAGAUGAAGAAGAAAAGCUCACAGAGAACACGGUUGACAGUCUUCUCCAAGACAGUAUUGAAAGUCAGACUGCAGAGUCACCACCAACACAAGAUGCUGAACAGAUGAAGCUCAGCACAACUGCAGUCAAAGAUACUGAGGAGGAUUCAGAUCUGGCCUCAUUCCUUAUUUCAAGAGCUUGCAGAAGUGAUACUUUAGCAAAUUAUUUCUACUGGUAUUUACUGGUGGAAUGUAACGAGGGCAAAGAAACAAAGGAAGGAGCAAUGUAUUUAAAUGUCAUGAGGAGAUUCAGCCAUGCAUUGAUGAAGGGUGGCUGGGAGUGUACAGUAAGACGAAAUAUGUUGGGCAAACAACAGCAGUUUGUCAAUCAUAUUGUCAGACUUAUGAAGGAAGUUUCCCAGUUUAGUGGCAAUCGUAACAGAAAGAUUCACAGGUUAAGAGAGCUGCUUGAUGUUCCUGAGCUGACCACAUUUGGACCAAUUCCUUUGCUCCUUGAUCCAGAAAUCAAAAUCAAGGGUAUCAUAGUAGGAACUCCAGAAGAAAAAAAAGCCUGUCUGUUUAAGAGCCACCUUAUGCCUGCUAAACUAACCUUUAGAACCUUGGAUGAUCAAGAAUAUGUUACAAUUUUUAAGAAUGGUGAUGAUUUGCGGCAAGAUCAGCUGAUUCUUCAGAUUAUAAGACUUAUGGAUAAGCUUUUAAUGAAAGAAAACUUGGAUUUGAAAUUGACUCCAUACAAGGUGUUGGCGACAAGUGGAAAUCAUGGUUUUGUGCAAUUCAUAGAAUCUACUCCUGUUGCAGAAGUAUUAGACAAAGAUGAAGACAGAAGUAUACAGAACUACUUUCGCAGGCAUGCUCCAUGUGAAGGUGCACCCCUUGGAAUCAGUCCCGAGGUGAUGGACACUUACGUCAAAAGUUGUGCUGGAUAUUGUGUUGUUACAUACAUCCUGGGUGUAGGAGAUAGACAUCUGGACAAUUUACUUCUCACAAAAUCAGGAAAUUUGUUUCACAUUGACUUUGGUUAUAUUCUUGGAAGAGAUCCCAAACCAUUACCACCACCAAUGAAGCUGAGCAAGGAAAUGGUUGAAGGCAUGGGGGGUGCAUCGAGUGAGUUUUACCAGACAUUCAGGAAACAAUGUUUCACAGCUUUCCUUCACUUGAGAAGACAUGCCAACUUGAUUUUAAACCUGUUUGCUCUAAUGGUGGAUGCAAAUGUACCAGACAUUGCAUUAGAACCUGACAAAACUGUUAAAAAGGUUCAAGAUAAAUUCCGUUUGGACUUGAAUGAUGAGGAAGCAGUCCAGUACUUGCAGUCUCUUAUUGAUGAAAGUGUCUCUGCUAUGCUUCCCGUUGUAGUGGAGCAAUUUCACAAAAUGGCUCAGUAUUGGAGGAAAUAAUUUCAAAAGAUGUCUUUUUAUGGAUUCCACUUCAAGAAUUAAGACUCUUACAGUGUGGGUUUCCACAAGGGCUGUUAGGGUGAGAUUGGAGAUGGCCACAAGACACUGCCAUGGAGACAGUUUUAAACAGAACUCUGAUAUCAUUUAAAUAUAAAGCUGCAUAUGAUACCAGUGCAUUCUGGUGUGCAUGUUGCACAACCUAACAGUGAGAAUCUAUUGCAUAUAAUGUAGUUGAUUAGAUAAAUCAAAAGAAGUUACAUAAUUACACUCUGGCAUAAAGUGCAUUGUAUCUCGUUAAAGAAAUGUUAAGAAAUUUAAAACAACCAUGUUCAUCUCAAUUGACCCUAAAAUUCUCUACUGGGCAAAGAAAUAUCCAAAUUCGUUUUCAUGUAGUUUCAAUGACUCCUCAUGACAAGGUGAACUUGGUUCUUCAUGAAAUUGUCUAUAUUCACAUGAUUAAGCCAAUUAUUAUCAUUACCUGCUUUCUUCAUUUGUUCUUUUUAAUGUACAGGAAAGGGGGUCAAAGGUUUCCAUUAAUACCUCAAUAUUUCUUGAACCAUGCAAAAAUCACUUAGAGAAUAUUUGCAGUACCAUGCAAGGAAACCGGCUGCAAAGACUUAAAAUGCUAGUGCUCUAACCAAGGCCUCCCGACAAAAUUUUCCACAAAUUUAACAAAAAAAUCAUGGAAGUUAACAGUAGCUUUCCAACAAAUAACCCAUGUAAUCCUGUUGUACAUUAACAAGGCAACAGAUUUGUGGUCAUUUUGAUUACUAAAUAUUUUAAAACUUUUAGAAUGCAAUUGGUCAAUUUGCAAAGAAUUUGCUGAAGUGGCCUUGGUGGGUGUAAUCGCAAGUUGAAAAAAUUAUUUAUUUAAUUGAUAAAAAUAAAAAAGUAAAAGUAGUUUUCAUUUUACAACAGAAAGGGAAAUAAGAGUGAAAAAGCAGUUAUGUAUGAUUUGGACUCACAAAACAAUGAAUUUAAUACAAGAAAGGAAGAAGGAUUGAAUAACUUAUGAAAUUUGAUUAGAUGCAACAGGAUGUUUACAACCCUCCUUUGCCACCCUGGAACAAUUAAUGUCUUGCAUGACUAGCAAAGCGCCAUGGUCUCUAAAAGUAUGUAACACUGACUGAGAUCUAGCCUAAUAGUCCAGCCAGCAGACUAUAAAUACAGUAUUGCUGGUUUUCAAGCUAUGCCAUGUCGGUGCCCCUUAGAAAGUAACAUAAACAUCUGUGAUUGAGUUAGGCUAAUAAAACAAAAACUUAUUUUUUCUAGAGCUCCAACACAUUGAUUUAAAUAAUCUAUUUCAUGCAAGGACUGUUCAGUUAGCAAGAGCUUUAAAGAUAAGUUUGACCUACAAGACAGAUAGCUUUCUUAAGUAAAAUCAUUGCAGCCUCAGAAGCAUGACAGUGUCAGUUUGCUUGGGCUACCUCUUUAAUUUCACACAACACAAAAGCUUGGAAAGUACCCUUUCAAGCUACAACUUUGUAAAGUAUUAAGUUCUUUGAGGGUCUUGCAUCUGAUGGAGCUAAAACCUUGGAAAGAUAAGGUGACCUUUUUUAUUUUAAAAUAUGACAAUGUCAUGUGAAAAACAGCAAUAGAUUCAAGGAGAGGAAAAUGAAGGCAAUAACUAGCAAUACUGUUGUAAGUAUUUAUUUGGGAGAAGACUUGAACGGGAAAUAUUGGUUAUGAUAAAUGUUAUUAAUAGUUGUAUUAAACAGAAUACUAUAAAUUAAAGUAAAAAUUGUUGAUUAUUUAUAGAGUAUUUUGAUGAGUGAAAAGGCAAUAACAACAUACAGUUUGUACAUGUCUGACAUAUGCAGACCACCUAGUCUAGAGUUAUGCAUGUUUUACGUCUAGUAGUCAUUCCAUUUGAUGCAAUUGCACAGAGGUUACAUUUUAAUAUAAACUAAUAAAGAUCGACUCAAGUUCCC